CUGGGCAUCCGCGUGUCAGUUUGUAGUCCCACCAAAGAGGGGUUUAUUUAAGGCAAGAAUUUAGUGAUGUACGUGGCUCCUGCCAAGGAGAUAGCAAUGUGGAUGUUGCAAUUGGGGCGAGCAGAGAUAGAACUGGACAAAAAAAUGUAUUCCAUCUCCUUUCGCCCCUGGAUGACGGAGCAAGAGCUCUGGGAAGUGCGAGAGGUUGCUAGACACAGUUUCUUCUGGAUCCGAUGCCAGCAAGUCCCAGUGGCAGCCUUAGCCCCACUUUACGGAGCGGUGGAAGAUGCGUUCGGCAAGGUCAUUAAAGAAUUCCCGGCCUACAAAGACCCGCUGGCCCCGGACUUAUUCAACAUCCGGUUGGACCUUGAAUCGGCAGCACGAUUGCGAUAUAAAAAAUAUCUGGUAGUCGACCUCGGUACCCACGGUUUCGUCGACAUUGAAGUGGUCUGUGCGUCGACCCCAUGGUGUCCAGCGUGUCGCCAGCACUUUCACGUGGAAGGGGACCCGGAUUGUUCGAAAGGAAAAGGGGAACGCCCAUCAUAUGCGGAGAAAACGAAAUCCGGGAAACUGAACUCAGAUCCGAAAGCAAAGGGUAAAGACCCCUUGCCGAAGAACGAUCCCAAAAGGGCGAAGGGGCCGCAAGGCCCCCACCCACCCCCAGCCCAGAAGGAAGAUGUUGAUAAAACAACGAAGGGGGCGACUUACAAGGAUUUCCCUCCCCCUCAGGGAGGAGGGAAGCCACAGGAAAAGCCUGUGAAGCCUGUAGAUCUCGACCCAACAACGGAAAUGGAAAUUGAGAAAGCCUCAGUUGAGAAGGAGGAUGGGGACAAAGAUCGGAUGGAUGAAGACAAGACAGCAGCAGGAAGAGAGAAAAGAAAGCGGCAAGAAGAGCCGAUACUGGAUGAGGAAGACGAAGAGGAGCAACACAAGGAGAAGGGGAAAAAGGAGGAGACCGAGGGGAGUAAGACGGGGGAAGAGGAGGAGGAGGAGGAAGAAGAGGAGGAGGAGGAAGAAGAGAAAGGUAAAUUGGGAGAUGAAGACUCAAAGGGAGAGAAGGAAGGGGAAGCCUCAACCUCGGAAAGCGAAAUGAGGGAAGAGGAGGAAGAGACAGAUGGAGAGAAACUAGGGCUGGCUUUCCUCGUGAAGAAGAGGAGGAAGAGGAAGAAGAGAACAUGCAAUUGGAAGAUGCAAGACUUGAAGAGAGAGAAGGAAGGAGAAGCCUCAACCUCGAAAAGCGAAAUCAGUGAAGAGGAGGAAGAAACAGAUGGAGGAAAACUAGGGUUGGCUUCCCUUAUGAUUGCUGACAUUAAAAUUUAUCGAAACAAAAUUUUCGAUGAAACAACAGAGAAGGUUGCACUUCGGAAGGCAGACUCGAAAGGAUCCUUUUCGAAGGAAGUUUUUGCGGAUUGCCAUGAAGCACUGUCGACUCCAGAUAGUGACAAGGCAAAGAACGAUGUCGUCGGUCAGAAACAAGCCCUAAGGGCAGCCGAAGCCUCCCCUGCCAAAAUUGGCAGGACUCAGAAAGCCACGAAGCCAGCAGUAUAUAACCACCGGGAGCAAAGCCAUCCCCUCCCUAGCCCCUCCCAUGGGCACCUUGGGUCGUGCGGACAAAGUAAAAACCACUGAGGUGGCAGUACCAUUGAUUUGCAUACAGUCGCCAUAUGGGCCAAUGGUAUUAACAAAACUGGACAAGAACG